GCUGAUAAAUAAUAUGGGAGAAGAAUUUGAAGCUAACGGCCGAAACGAUGAAGCCACUGCAACCGCCACCGGCGCCAUCGUUGAUGAUGAAGAUAAUGUUAACGGUAGAGUUCUUGAAUGGGAGAUGGGAUUACCUAACUGCGAUGAUUUAAUUCCGUUAUCUCAAUCCUUAAUAGCACCGGAACUCGCCUCCGCUUUCAGCAUCUCGCCGGAGCUUUGUCGUACUGCUAUUGACGUCAACCGCGCUUCACAGGACACCUUCUCCUCCCUCUGCUCCACUGGAGCCCACUCUUCCACCACUAAUAGCAAUAAUAACAAUUUCAUUUCUUUUAAUGACCCGAUGGUAGUUGAACAGGAAGGGGACGGCUCGGGUUCGGGUUCCGGAUCGGAAACUAAGAAAAUGAGGAAGAUGGAUAGUACCGAGGAGGCGAAUUCAGCAGUUAGGACGACGGAGAACUCGGACGAUCCAUUAGGGAAGACAUCGAAACGAUCCCGCUUAGUGUGGACACCGCAAUUGCAUAAGAGAUUCGUCGACGUAGUGGCUCAUUUAGGCAUUAAAAACGCGGUUCCCAAAACAAUCAUGCAGUUAAUGAACGUCGAAGGCUUGACCCGCGAGAACGUCGCCAGUCAUUUGCAAAAGUAUCGGCUUUACUUGAAAAGAAUGCAAGGACUAAGCAACGAAGGCCCAUCGGCUUCAGAUCAGCUGUUUGCUUCAAUGCCGGUGCCGCAGAGUAUCCAUGAGAAUGGAACCGGUGUGAAAGGAGGAGGAAGUGGUAGUGUGAAUAGUAACGGGCGUUUCGGAAUGGCUAUACCGAUGCCUUAUGGGGCACCUAUGAUUCCGGUGCCGAUUUACAGGCCUGUUAAUCAAGGAGGGAAUCAUCAUCAGAAUGGAUAUCAAGUGAAUUCGUAUGGGAUGCUGCAGGGGAGAGAUUGGUCUGGUGGGAAUAAAUAUGGGUCAGUUGGGUCGUAUCCCCAUCAUCUAUAGUUCAAUUUUUGUUCGAAGGUCUGUUUUUUCUUCUAUCAUUUCUUUGUAAUACGAAUGUUCGGCCUUUAUUGAUUUUAGAAAUAGUUGACA